AUGGAUGAAAUCUCAGCGGCUGAACACGAAGCUUCUCCAACGGACAGAAGAAAACCGCGAAUAUGCCAGUAUUGCAAGCGUCACUUCCGGCGAUACGAACACCUGGAGCGGCAUCUGCGAAUCCAUACCAAUGAAAAACCAUAUAAAUGCUCCUGCGGUUCUUCCUUCAGCCGGCGUGAUCUCCUGAAGCGGCAUGAAAGUAUCACUCACGCCCCAAUCAACCCACCAACGCAGCAACAAUCACCAGCAGUUGCCAAUGAUAGUGAAGAUGCUCAGUCACAAAGCAACCAGAUUCACUUUGAUCCAGGGAUAUCCCCCUGGCAGCACCCAGACUUUCAAAAUAUAUCAACUGGGUCGAUCAGCCAGAACGAGCCACUUACUGAUUAUCAACUAGAAGGAAACCCUCUAUCCAGUGCCCAAGAUCUACUGGUCCUGCAAAGCCUGGAAAUGUUCAGUAACAACAUAGGGCUGAACAACGAGUGGCACUUAGCAUCUGAGCCAAGCAUCACGCAAAUAUUCGCUAGAGACUUCAACAUGAAUGCUUUACCAACCCCAUCAACUGCAUAUCCAUCUCAUGAACAGCCCUCGGGCCCAGAUCAAACACUAAGCAAGCUUCCAACUGAAAGAGAAGCCGUCGCGGAAUUCGGAGUUCUAACAUUGCCAAUCUUGGCGGUCACAAAUCUGCAUCGAGAAAGCCUUCUGGAGGCGCUGGAAAAAUCCCAAACCACUGUAACAGACAUCUCUUUGCCAUCCUGCCAUUCGCUCUCAAGAUUUGUCAAUGGGUUUUUUGAUGGAUUCUACCCCCAUCUACCGGUAGUUCACAUUCCAACGUUCAACAUUGACGAGUGCGAGCCAGAGAUCCUCUUGGCCAUGUGUGCACUUGGGGCCGAGUUUCGACACGAGAAUCGAAAAGCAGUGUUGCUCUUUCGAGCCGCCAAGGAUAUUCUUCAACAGACGAUACGCGAACGGGAAAUGGUAGAAACCGAGAGAAAAUCGUAUACUAAAACUAGCGUGAAUACGACUCAUUCCACACACGAAACUCGCGAUUCUGACUUCGAGUUUCUGCAACAGAGGGCAGUUAUGCGUGAGGCACGUUGUACCUUCUUUCUCAUUGCCUUUGCAACCUGGCAGAAUGAGGAGAGCAUAGCUCGAGAAGCUUUCAAUCUCCAAAGCUCCUUGGCGAGAUGUAUCAGAGAAUCUUGGCUGGAAGAAGUUGAACAGUUUCUACAUGCCAAUAGCACUGAUUGGCGCUCUUGGAUUCAACGGGAGUUAGACAGAAGAGUAAAAUUCUUUUCGUUUGUUUUUUUGAAUCUCCAUUCUAUAGCAUUCGGCACACCACCAGUCAUAUUGAGUGAAGAAAUCCACCUUCGUCUGCCAUGCAGCUGUCUCGAGUGGAUUGCUCCGAAUCAAGAGAAAUGGAAUUUGAUUCGAAGAUCCGGGCAUCAGGAGCAAAUGCUGUUUCAGGAUGCUCUCUGCCACAUAAUGAAGAGUCAUCGAGAGUCGCAUCCCCCAUACUCACAGCCAGUGCCAUCUCCCUUGGCAAACUACGUUCUUUUGCAUGCGGUCAUACAAAAAAUCCUCCUAACCUACCAUGCCCUCGGACCUUAUAAUGACGUCGAUCAGAGUUUGAUAACUGGACAAAAGGAGAUUAUGCGAAAUGCUCUUCAUGCAUGGACCUAUCUAUGGCAACGAGCCCCCGAAUCUAGUCUGGAUCCCCGGAAUCCCAAUGGCCCUGUUACUUUUACAUCAGCUGCGUUAUUAGGUGUUGCAUAUGUACGACUUGGUCUCGAUUUGGGAUCAUAUAAAAUACUGCGAUAUCGAGAUCCAGAGCAGAUUGCCAACCAGCUACUGCAAAUUCCACGCUUACCUGCUGGUCCUCAUCUUCUUCCGGCAAUCUUACAUGCAACGCAUGCCCUCAGCAUACCGGUCAAACUCGGGGUAAAUUUCGUCGCUCAAAGCCAUGCGUUUGUGUGGAAUGUCCAGCACUCCCUCUGUGCAUUGGAAUUUGCCGUAUUUCUCAGCAAGUGGUUAUUCUGUAUCUCCGACUGCCAGACCAGAAGGCCUCUUGAUGAACAGGAGACACGUCUUGUGAGCUGGAUUAGCGAUAUUGUCGAGGAAGGACGAACAUCUGGAGAUGACGACUUUUGGUCUAGACCUUCACACCAGUCUGACUGUGCUUACCUUGGGUUUGCUGUAGUCAAGCUAUGGGCUCGCCUUAUACGAGGAAACGAAAAAUGGUCACUCAUAAGAGUGAUUGGUGAUGGGCUUGAUAUAUAUGCCGAUACUUGUGAGCAGCGCUAUGUACAUGCACAGACAACCCCAGUGGCUACCUAA